AUGGUGGGACUCUCGGACCAGGAGGAAAUCUGGGGUCAAAAUCAGGGCUUGGGCCUGCAGAGACUGCACAUGAGAAGAGGCCAAAGCAUGGUGGACAAGAAGCAGAAGGAGAAGAUCCUUCUGCUGAGCUACUUGUGCAACCCAGAGGCUGCAGAGUACCUGCAAGGCUUUCACAAGAUGCUUCUGCUCUUCCGUCUCAUGGUUGAGAGGGAACACGAGGUCUAUUGGCUCUUCCAUUUCUUCCUCAAGAAACCACGAGUAUUCAAGUCCUUCGACAAUGUCUGGAGGCUGUGGGAGGCAGGUCUCCCCGACUUGGUGCCGGACCCCAACUACGUGCAAGCAUCCACCUACGUGCAGCGAGCUCACCUGUACUCGCUGCGCUGCGCGGCCGAGGAGAAGUGCCUGGCCAGGCACUACCACAGCAUGGAUGAGUUCAGCCACUAUGACCUGCUGGAUGCCACCACGGGGAGGAAAGUGGCCGAGGGCCACAAAGCCAGCUUCUGCCUGGAGGACACCACCUGCGAUUUCGGCAACCUGAAGCGUUACGCCUGCACGGCCCACACCCAGGGCCUGAGCCCCGGCUGCUACGACACCUACAACGCCGACAUCGACUGCCAGUGGAUCGAUAUAACAGACGUGCAGCCGGGGAAUUACGUCUUAAAGGUUCAAGUGAACCCCAAAUACAUCGUCCUGGAGUCAGACUUCACGAACAACGUGGUGAGAUGCAACAUCCAUUACACCGGGCGCUACGUCGCCACGACAAACUGCAAGAUUUCCCAGUAA